CCCACAUUCGGGCUGGCCCAGCCAGGCCUGAGCUAUUUUUGGAAACUUUUGUUAGCCAGACCAGGAUUCUCUGAUUGUUUUGACUGGUCCGGUGCUUUUCGCUGGUUCAAUGCGUUGGGGGGGCACUUGGUCCCGUUUUUCAUUUUCGACUUCCUCCAUUCAGUCACCACCAGGGUGAAAACCUUGCCGGCGGUUGCAGAUCCUAGUUUCUCCGGGGACUCCACUGACUUGGUGGUGGAGAACCAGGGCCUUUCUGGAAGCUUGGGGAGCCAUGACUGGGCUUUGGAUGGCCAUCGAAUCCAGACUUUGUGGAGACCGGCCAUACCCAAAGCUGCUAUGAGGUACAGUCAGUUUCAUCUUCCAUCGGUUUGUUGUGGAUUUUACAAGCUUGGUCACACUUGAGUGGACAUGCAACUAUGCAAGUGCAGGAACUCCGGCGUCAGGGGCCCUGACUCAGGGCUACUGAUCGUGCCGCUUGCCAUGUUUAUUAUGCUUUGAUAUAUUAAAUUCGUAUUGUAGCCAUGUUCUGAUGUAACCAAUUAAUAAAC